CACAAGAAUAGUCAGUAUAAUCAGAUAUGUUGAGUCGUCGACAUGGUCUGGUGGGUAAAUCUGACUUAAUUUUCGACUAAACAAUUUUGUCUGGCCAAAACUAAAAUACGCAAAGUUGUAUCGACAUUGAGAUGGAAACAUUGUAAGAACGAUAAUUGGAACGCCAUGGAGUAAGCACUACGCAGAAAUUCCAAUAGUAUCUGUGGGUUUAUUUGCUUAACAUGGGCAGUACAUACUCGAGUAGAAAACGAGUUCAAGAUCGAAGCGCUGGCGACAUAUCGACACAACAGCGGUAUGUAGAUCGAGAAUUGUCAAGUGAUUCUUCCCAAGUCGAAAAAAACUCCCUCAAUAACCACAGCAGACACUUAUCGGUCGAAAAAUCUGAGGGUAAAAGUGUAUCUUGCACUCUUCGUCGAAAUAGUAAGCAUUCGCAACAGAAUAUCGAAAUAUUACAAGAUCCCACUUCGAGUGAAUAUAGUGAAAACGACUUCAAUUUGGGAGGCGAUUCUGCUGUUGGGGACAAACUGUGUCACUACACUCGAGAUUCCACAAUUCCGGCGUAUUUCGAGAAGCAGUUCAAUAGGUUUCCUGAGGAGGACAAAAAUCAUGUAUACUUGGAAAAUAUUGAAGAUAAUUUUAAUCAGAACUUGCCCGAUCAGACUGAUAGUGCAACAGUAUCCUCACAUAGGCGAGAGCACUUGAGCACAUCAGAAGUCAUCUCAUUACGGACUGGUGAAGAAUUGGACCUAAUGACCGUCCAUGAAUUAUACAAUUGCCUUAAUGAUGGAACAGUUAACGCCUACAUAAUGGAUCCAUUCUAUAUUCUUAUACUGGAUAUCCGAGAUCGCAGUGAGUAUGAUGUGUCACAUAUUGUUACUGCACAACCAUCGGAUGUUAUUUAUACGGAACUGGUUUUGUUGUUCAACUACGGAUAUAUCGGUGGUAGGACCAGCUUGCGGGACUUCACAAUGGUUGUUAUAUAUGGCAAUGGACCAUGUAAUUUGGAUGACUCCUCAUGUCCAGAGCUUAAGCUUUACCAUGAACUCCAAGGAUUUGGGAUUCAGCCAAGUAUUCUUAAGGGAGGCUUUGAGUCCUUUAAAGAGAAGUACCCAUUUUUGUGCUCUAGCAUUCACAUUACUGAUGAGGAAGAACGAAAGAAAUAUUUACAAACAUAUCCAUCUGAGAUUGUCGAAGGUAAGCUGUACCAAGGCCGUGGUGACCAAGCAACAAAUAAGACAGUUAUAAGGAACUUAAAAAUCACCCAUAUUGUAAAUGUUUGUACCGAGCACCCUAAUGCAUUUCCCGAGGAGAUUACUUACCUCAACAUAAAUGUUGAAGACUUGAAUUCAUCCUGCUUGAAAUUAUAUUUUGAGAAGAGUUCCAACUUUAUCAAGAAUGCAUUUGAUGAAGAUGGUUGUGUGUUGGUUCAUUGCAACCUAGGUAUGAGUCGUAGUUCUACCAUGUCACUGUGCUAUUUGAUGAAGUCUCGUCAUUGGAGCCUGAAGGAGGCAUAUGAUUUCAUGAAGUCCAAACGACAAGCAGUGAAACCCAAUCGAUCAUUCCUUAAACAGCUGUGUGAACUUGAAAUACAGCUAUUAGGAAAGAAAGUGACAGAUGCAGAUGACAUAUGGUUUUAAGACAGUUCACAUUGUACUCACAUUAAACUAAAAAACACUGUUCAGUUAAACACAAUGUCUAUGACAUGAAUUGGCCUUAAAUGAGUCAAAUAAUUUGUCUGCUACAUCUCAGGAGAGCUCUCUCUUGAGAUUUAGUAAAUAUGGUUUUUUAAAUUAGUUUUCCGGAAUUGAGGAUGUGGUUAUAAUCUGCUUUACCUUUAUUGCAGCAAUGUGGUCACAAACAUCUCACCCAAUUUUUAUAAAUAUAUAAAAUGCACAAGGUAGGGUUUCUCAUCUAGGAAAUGGACAUACUGCAAUGUUCUGACUGUUUGAAAAUAUGUUCGUAAUUACAGAGUUUUGAAAUCACAAAUGGCAAUUAUGUACAGUACAAGUCAAAAAGGUUAUAAGAUUCACACAUUAAAAUGGUUGUAUAUAUGAAAAAUAGAUAUAUCAAUUAUACUAAUCUGAAAAA